CUAUAAAAAUACAAAUCAAAAAAAUAAAUAAAUAAAAACCCACCUCUUUCUCUACUCCUCGAUCCAAAAACAAAAUCACCAAAAUAUGAGUUGUGCAAGAAUGAGUUCCAUGGCUUCCCUCUUCUUCUUCAUUGUGGCUCUCCUACACGCUGUCGCCGCCGUCGACCACCACGUCGGAGGCGAUUUUGGCUGGAACCUACCGCCAACCCCAACCUUCUUCUCCGACUGGGCCAGAAACCGGACUUUCUUCGUCGGCGAUACGCUAAGGUUCAAUUCGAGUGCCAACGAAACUCACAACUUUGCGCAGCCACCAUCUCAAUCGGAGUUUGAUGGAUGCGUUGAUCCUGGAAUAGUUUUCGACCCAAGACUUUUUAUUACCUUUAAUCGUCCGGGGCGUCUUUAUUUUAUAUGCACCGUUGGGAACCAUUGCAAACAGGGCAUGAAAUUUGCUGUCGACGUUUUAGCAACUCCUGGAACAACGCCAACAAAUGCUGCUGCUCUAUUCACAGUUCCUCCACUCCCUUCACUUUUCUUCGCUGCAAUUCUCCUUAAUUUGUUGUUCUUCGUUUGAGAUGUGGUCAGUAUUUUCAUUUUUUAUUGAAAUGCUUUGAUAUGAUGGGAAAAUCUGGUACUUGUAUCCGAACACAAGUUUCAAGUACAUGUCAAAAGUUGCAAUUUUUUAAUUCCACUCCCAGUCAGGAACGCCUUUCUCCGUCACCUUUUAAAUUGUUGCAUAGAGAUUUCAACUCACGAACUUUAUAACCCGUGUUCGGUUUAUAUAUCAGUGAAAUUCUUUAAUUUUA